AAAGCGAGCAGGGGUGGCGCUGGGAGUGGGAGCGCUGCACGGCUCCAGCUCCCCGGCUCCAGCUCCCUACUCCUGGCCUCCAAGACCCGGCCGCAGCCAUGAACAGCGAGGAGCAGUUCUACGCAGCGACGCAGCUCUACAAGGACCCGUGCGCCUUCCAGCGGGGCCCGGCUCCCGAGUUCAGCGCCAGUCCCCCUGCGUGCCUGUACAUGGGCCGCCAGCCCCCGCCGCCGCCGCCCCCGUUCCCGGGGACGCUGGGAGCUCUGGAGCAGGGCAGCCCCCCGGACAUCUCCCCGUACGAGGUGCCUCCCCUGGCCGACGACUCCGCGGUGGCGCACCUCCACCACCACCUCCCAGCUCAGCUCGCGCUCCCCCACCCGCCGGCCGGGCCCUUCCCGGAGGGAGCCGAGCCAGCAGCCCUGGAGGAGCCCAGCCGCGUCCAGCUGCCUUUCCCGUGGAUGAAGUCUACCAAGGCUCACGCCUGGAAAGGCCAGUGGGCAGGCGGCGCCUACGUUGCAGAGCCAGAAGAAAACAAACGGACUCGCACUGCCUACACUCGCGCCCAGCUGCUGGAGCUGGAGAAGGAGUUCCUGUUCAACAAAUACAUCUCGAGGCCACGCAGGGUGGAGCUGGCCGUCAUGCUGAACUUGACCGAGAGGCACAUCAAGAUCUGGUUUCAGAACCGCCGCAUGAAAUGGAAAAAGGAGGAGGACAAGAAGCGCAGCUGCGGUACAGCGCCCGGGGGCGUCGCGGACGCGGAACCAGAGCAGGACUGUGCGGUGAGCUCGGGGGAGGAGCUGCUGGCACUGCCGCCGGCGCUGCCCCCGGGGGGUGCUGUGCCGCCUGCUGUUCCCGCCGCUGCCCGGGAAGGACGUCUGCCGCCGGGCCUGAGUGCCUCGCCGCAGCCGUCCAGUGUGGCGCCCGUGCGACCGCAGGAGCCCCGGUGAGAGAUGGGGGCUCCUCCUUGCCAGGCGGUUUCAACCACUGGUAAAGAAGGGGGGAGCAGGCGUAGGACCCCGGGUGUAGACAACCAGCUCUGGCCCUUCAAGGGGUUGGGAACUGCAGAGGACACCCCAGAUGGAAGGGGAGAACUUGAGUUCUCAGGCCCCUGUGCUAACUGGGACGCCUUAGAGAGACACUGGGAGACCUUCUGGAAGAAGAGGAGAGGCUUUCUGUUAUAUCUGGGGCCUCUUCCGGUGAUAUUGUUGGAUUGGUGACAUCUGCUGCUGUGCAGGUCCUAGCACUCCAGAACCAUGGACCUCUUUAGAGAAGCCAGCUCUUCAAAAGACAACAGGAACUACAAGUCGGAAUGCCCUCCAACACAUUUUGCAGGCAAGCUGGAUGGAGCACCUUCAUCUGUCCCGAAACAGAGCCAUUUUUACUCAGGCUUCCACCUUAAAGCUUAGAAAUAAUUGAAAGGAAAUAUCUAAGGUUUCAAAGACCUAGUGAAAUUGAUGCCUGUGGAAUAGAAUGAUUCCUCCUC